UUGAAGUGGAAACACCAGAUACUAUUGGAUAGAUAUAUUGUGAUAAAGGUGAUUUUUAUAAAGAGCAUAAUAAAAAAUUGAUCUUUGAUACUACAGUUGUCUAGGCACUUGUCAAUAGUGGUGGCAUGAUAUUGUAAGUUGUUAGUGAUAUCGUCUUGUAGCUAGACACAAUUAACUUCCAGCAUAACGUUGCAACAUUAAAAACUAUGCUGUUCAAAUUGUUUUUCUUUUGUUCGUGUAUCGCCGCUACGAUCGCAAUCAACCGCCCUGUAUACAAGGUUCUCCUCACGCAGAAGGGGUAUGCCCAAUUCCUACAAUACGAUUUGGAGACUCCGCCAUUGAUCGAGUUUACUUUCUGCACGUGGGUCCGUCUGUACAAUCUCGCUAAUGAACAGACCUUCUUCACUUACAUCGUGAACGGGAAUAAGAAUAUGGUACGGCUGUGGGUGGACCCUGGAGGACGGAAUGUGCAGCUAGCGAUUAACGGCUGGCUGGCGACUACGUCUCCCAUUGAGAUGACGAAAGACGUGUGGAAACAUGUCUGUGUGUCCUACCAGUCGGACUACGGCGCUUGGGCUCUCUAUGUCGACGCCAGACUGGUCACAUGUGGUGCUUCUCAGGCACUACACGGCUUCGUACUGCCACCUGGGGGUAGCGUAAAUAUUGGAUAUGGUACUUCAGACAACGGAGUACCCAGCGGCGUGGAGGGAGAAAUAUUUGGCGCAAACAUGAUCCUAAUAUCAACAAUAGAAAGAAAUUAUACAAUGAAGCAGAAUCCUAGAUUUAGACAAAGACACUUCUUACAAAAUAGAAUAAAAAAGAACAGGGCUGAAGCAGACAAUUACAUAAUACUUAACGAUCUUAGAGAAAACAAAAUACAGAAUAAUUUUAAUAGUCCAAACAAUCCUACAUUUUCAGGUAUAAACUUUACUACUCACCAAACGACUCAAGAAGGCUCAGCCGAAACAUCAAAUGAAAGAGAAAUUUUAGAUUUUGCUAUUCCUGGCCGAAUAAGAGCUACAACCGACUCUAAUAACAUACAAUUUUGGCAUUUGUUUGAAUAUGGCAAAGAAAACAAAUUACAGCGAAAUAAGGAGCUUCACAGUGCACCAACUGUAGACCUUCCGACCGUGUCCGAGUUUGAAACACCUCCUCCACCCAGCGUUGAAAAUACUUUACGUCCAAGGCAGAAACAAAAACCAGGAGAAAAAUCAAAUGAUACUUAUACAGUUAAACAAACUAAUCAGAAAAAUUCUCAAAGAGUCCAAAGUUCUUUUGAAGUUUUGGAAAUUGAAACUCCUCCGCCACCUCAGGACGAUAACAAAGUAUACGGGCAGUGGGUGAGUUCCAAGUUUGCUGGUAGUGUGUUCAAUCAUCUAAGGAAUAUCCGGUUUAACAAAAAAGAAUUACAACCGCAUCCGACUAUCUCCCUACCCAAGUUAUCUGAUGCAUAUCCUUAUGCAUCUGAAUUUCAAUUAACCAAACUGAAACCACCUGUAGAAUUCGAAAGACGGAAUUUAGGAGUUAAUUCAUUAUAUCCCGAUAUAUUCACUAAACGGCGACCGCAGUAUAAUGUACAAGUAUUAGAAGACGAUAUAAGAGAAAAGAUUAUCAAGGCACAUUCCAGAUUAAAAGCAAAAAAUAUCAAUGUCGUUAGUAAAGGUGAAUCAAAACUUACCCACGACAGAUUUUACAGAGCAGCUAAAUACGAAUCUUCCGAAAGCACUGAAACUAUUCCAGUAUCAAAGAUACCGCGACCAUUUAAAAGGCCAACAAAUUCGAGAAGACCCAAUGAAAUUCAAAGCAGUACAAAUAUUAAAAAUCAGAAUUUUAAAAAUCUUUUGACGGCACUGCCUUUUUUAAAAUCUAUAGGGGACUUAAUAGAUGAUUCGGAAAAAUUAGAAUCAAACAAUGAAUUUAAGAAUGACGUGUAUACACGCAGUUUAUCGAAUGGGAAUAAGUGGCAUAAUACAAAGUCCUACAGUAAUGAUUAUACACCGCGACAUGUUAAUGUAGAUUCCAAAACACAGCAAGACAAUUUAGAAAGUAAAUUAGCAAAUGCUGAUAAUAAACAUCCAGCAAUCAAAUUAAAAUAUAAGUAUCAAGGUCGAAACCAGAAUGAAACUCCAAUGAAACAUGGUCAAAACUUGGCCAAAUCUGUGUCAUCUCAGGCAGAAAUUGGGUUAACGAAAGCACAGAAUCUGGAUUCUGUAUCUAUACAGAAAUAUAUUUACGAAUCUUUAGAUGACAAAAAUGAACAUUCUUACAAAACUAAAGCAAAAAAUCUGGACAGCAUUAAUAAUUUCAAUAAACACGUGAAAAUAGGAAACGCUCUUAACGAACUGCCUGUGAUAGGACGAAAUGAGAUGCAGAAAAAACGAAGUUUUGAGGGUGGGGAUGCGAGAGUACCAGAUAUAAACAGAUACAGAUCAGACAUAGACAAAGAGUUCGGUAACGUGCCUCCAUCUAUAAGUCCUAAAGUCUGCAAGAACGUAGAAUUGUACGAUCGAGUAUUGUACAUCCAACCAGAUGAGAGUGUAGACUUAACUUACUUUUUGUCGCCAGUGAAAUUGAAAAACCACGCAAUAGAGUUCAUUCAGCAAAACUACAAAAUGUGUUCGUUGGACAAUUCGAUAUUCGAGAAAGAUCCUCUUCUAUAUUUAGACUGGAGUAGAACACCAUUAAGACUGUUUGGUGGUGCGUAUUUGCAGACAACUACAGAUCUGUGUGGAUUUUUCUAAAACCAAAUGUAGAAUAUAAGUGGUAAUUAUAAUAUUAAUUAUAAGAUUCGUGUAACUGCUUACACAAAUCCCGUACAUUAUUAAAAAAUCAAUGCAAAGAUUUUUGGAGAUUUGUCCUAUCGCCAUUGCAACAUGUACAUUGGUUUCACUCAUUUCAAAUUAAUUGAAUGAAAUGCAUGGACAUGUCACCCAGUGUAAGAGUAAUUGCAUAAUAAGUAUAGUGCAGUAAGAAAUAGUAUAUAAUUCCAUAUAGGUAUAAAGAAAAUCGUACGCCUCAUUAGUUUAAGCUGUAUUGUAUCCGCAUAGAAUUAUUUGAUUUCGGUAAUAUACAUUUAUAUUACGAAAAAAAAAAACAUAAAAUAUUAAAAUGAUGGCUUACAUGGCUUAAUCAGGUUUUUGACGACCUCAAUGGCUCAGUGGCAAAGUGCUUGCCUCUGAACCGAGAGGUCCCGGGUUCGAUCCCCGGUCGGGUCAUGAUGGAAAAUGAUCUUAUUCUGAUUGGUCCGGGUCUUGGAUGUUUAUCUAUAUAUAUUAUAAAAUAUAGUAUCGUUGAGUUAGUAACACAAGUCUCGAACUUACUUUGGGGCUAGCUCAAUCUGUGUGAUUUGUCCUAAUAUAUUUAUAUUUUAUUUAUUAUUAGAAAUACAUGUGCAGAAAACAGACAAAAUCGCGAUCUAGAUCAUUAAUAUUAAUUAAUAAUAAAUACAUUUUUUAUCGAUUUAUAACGUCACUUUAACUACCCUUUGAAUCCUCACAACACUGUUUCUAUAUAGUGUAAAUAUAUAUUAUAAAUGAGGCGAUUAUAUUUUAUGACACGUAUGAUGACAUAAAGAUUAUGGUUAAAGUUUUAUAAUAAUUCUAAGGUGUUUAUAUAUAACACUUUAAGUAUUAAGUUUGCCAUAUGUUUAUAUUAUACCUUUAACAGUAAAUGGUAAAGCUCUGGAAUGGGUACAUAGUACUAAAUUCCUGGGCAUUACUGUGGACGACAAAUUAAAGUGGGAUAAACAUAUUGAAAUCACGGCCAAAAAACUUAGUACGGCAGCUUUUGCAGUGAGAAGGAUCAGACAGUGUACGAACAUAGAUACAGCUAGACUUGUGUAUUUCAGCUACUUUCAUAGCAUUAUGUCCUACGGACUAUUAGUUUGGGGUAAUGCAGCUGACAUAGGAAAAAUUUUUGUAUUACAGAAAAGAGCUAUCCGUUUUAUUUAUGGGUUAAAACCUCGAGAUUCUCUUCAAGAACUCUUCAAAUCAAUUAACAUCCUCACUGUGGUAUGUCAGUAUAUCUUUGAUGUGCUUAUUUUUGUCAAAUCAAAUUUACAUUUAUAUAAAAAAUUAAACGAAGUAAAUAGUGUAAACACUAGAAAUAAGCACAAACUUUGUAUGAAUAGAUUCAGGCUUAAAAAGGUUCGGCGGUCUUUCGUGGGUCAAAGUGUAAAAUUAUUCAAUAAACUCCCUGCAGAAGCUAUUAAUCUGCCAAUGAAAAAUUUUAAAAUUUAUGUUAAGAAAAAUUUAAUGGAUAAAGCGUAUUACACAAUUAACGCCUAUUUGACUGAUAAAAACGCUUGGAUCCUCCCGACAACUUUGCCACUCCACACAUGAUCUCCUAAUUUUUAUUUUACUGUUUUUUAUUAUUUUAUUCACAAUUUUGAAUUUUGUUAUAAUAAUUCGUAUGGCAUUUAAAUUUUAUUUGUAAAACAUGUACGUGAUUUGUGAUCUUCAAGUGUCUGAAUUAUACUUCUAUUUCGACGAAUAAGAAUUGUAAUUAUGAAGUCAUGGGAAUCGAGUGUGUCAUGCUCACUCAAAUGGUCAAUCUGGUGGUGGCGUCGUGGGCCGGGUCGUGAGGUUCCCUCUAUUAUGGUUGAGCUACGCGAUGGCUGUCCCAUGCGUCAACUCGUGAACGGGUGCUGCCAGAGGGAACUGGUCAUCUCGUUUCUCAUAUAUUUUCAUGUAAGUUAAUUGUGUUUCACAUCGAUAUAUAUAUAUAUAUAUAUAUAUAUAUAUAUAUAUA